AUGGCAACGUUGAUAGCAUAUAGAUUAUCAGAGAAGAAAAGCAUAGUACAAUCUGCGAUAUUAACCAUAGAGCUUCUUCUCUUAUCAACAGGACUGAUCUCUACUUUCUUUAUGCUGAAAAAAGCUAUAAAUCCGCGCUACUUAUUUGACAUGUUUCUCUUUAACCUGAAGGAAGUUUUUACUUGUUUGAAGAGCUUUUUGUCAUCUCCUCUUUAUAUCUGCCUCUUUAUCAAUUCAGUUGUCAUUCUUAUCUUGACUUUCUCCAAAUUUCACCGCUCUACAACAGACUUUGUUAAUAUUUUUCUAGAUGAAAAAGAUGCCCAAGAUCUGCAGGUUCAGGAUCAUGAGUCAGAGUCACCACAACCACAACAUCAUGAAAAAGAAGACAAGCCGAAAAGAACUAAUUCUGCUAUUGCGAUGGACACUGUUAUGUCUUUUUUCAGCCGUUAUAAUAAUUCACAUCCUGUCUUAGAAGAUAUUCAAGAUGAGAUGCCUUGCAGUGUGAAAGACAUUGAAAUUGAUUGCGUACAAAAAAUGUCCUUUCCAGACAUUUCUCAUUUGACUGAAGCCCGUGAAAUCAUUAGUCCACGCUUAACAAAUCCAGUACCUCAGACAACUACAAGAACCAACUAUACAACCUACACAAAUGUCCAAGAAAAGGUCAAUCAAGAAAAUAUUGAAGAAUUAGAGGAUGACUCAUUGGAGGCGACAUGGAACGCGAUAACCGGAGGAGGAAACAAGAAAAAGAAGAAUCAUAUACUGAAGAAGAGUGAAACAUGGUCAGUGGAGCCAGAGCCAGUUGUUGUAUCAGCACAGAGCAUUGGAUCCAAAGACUUGUUGCCAUCAGUGGCUUCAACAUGGAAAGACUUGAGAAAAUCAUUGACUUUUAACGAUGCUUUAUCGAUGUUUAGACGAGGGGGUUUGAGAGGGGACUUUAAUUCAGUAAGUGCAGAGGAAUCCAACAAAAGAUUUGAUGAUUUCAUUAAGAAAAUCAACCGUGAGAGAAUGUUGCAGAGGCAAGAAUCAGAUCAGCGUGCCGCCUUUAAUAAUAUGCUAACCCAGGCUCGUUAA